AUGAUAGCUGAGGCCAAAAAAGCCAAAGGCCACACAGACAAAGUGGCGGUAGAUCUUCAUCCUGACCGUCCCGACUAUCGGGGAUUCGCCCUGGGUCCAAACAUUGUUUCCUUUCAGGCGGAUCCUACCUUCGAGGAACUCGAAGCUGCUGGCGGAGCUAUCCAAAAGCAUGACGAGGCACACACCGUGCUUGACAAUUUCUUUCUGAUCUCUGGCGAGAUUCCCCGCCAGACGGCGUACGAAAACGGUAUCAAAGGAGGCAUGCGCUUUGAUAAAGAGGAAAAGGAUUGGUUUUCUGAUGAGCUUAUUUCGGAUGAACGUUUCCUCGUGUGUAAUCUUAAGGGUAAAGGACUCGUCCUGUUCACAGGCUGCAGUCAUGCAGGUGUCGUCAAUUGCUCACGACAUGCGGUGGAAAGCUUCGAUGGUUCUGUUCCGCUUUAUGCGGUUGUUGGGGGCUUUCAUCUUGCCACUAGCACUGCGGCGGACACGGAGAGCACUAUCAAAGACCUUGAGAGAUUAGACCCUGCUGUUCUGCUGCCGGGGCAUUGCUCUGGUUGGAGGGCUAAGUUUGUGAUUGAGAAAUAUAUGCCUGGGAGUUUGGUGCCUUGCACUGUGGGUGCGAAGGUUACAUUCUAG